CACUUCAAGCAUUUCCAGCCAACAAAGCAUACUUGUUCCUCUUACAGUGAGCGACACGCAUAAACAUAUACAUUGAGCCGUGCUCGAGAGAAUAAUCUGGAAAUGGCAAGUCCAAGACUGUUAGGGACUGCUUUCCUGGUCUUGCUUAUUGUAGACAUUGCCUUUGCUGCUAGGACACUACAGGCAAUCAGUGGAGGUGGAGGUGGAGGUGGAGGGAAGGGCGGAGGUGGUGGUGGUGGUUCUGGAUCAGGACACGGGUCAGGUUAUGGUUCAGGGUCUGGGUACGGGGCUGGUAAAGGACAUGGUGCUGGUGGUCGAGGAGGUGGUGGAGGAGGAGGCGGUGGCGGUGGUGGAGGUGGCGGUAGUGGAAGGGGGUCAGGUUCUGGCUAUGGGUCCGGUAGCGGCUCAGGCUAUGGUUCUGGUAGUGGGAUAGGUGCUGGUGGAGGUGGAGGUGGUGGCGGAGGUGGUGGCGGUGGAGGUCACGGCAGUGGAUCCGGAAGCGGGUCGGGCUAUGGAAGUGGGUCGGGCUAUGGAAGUGGAAGUGGCCGUGGCAGGGGCGGGCAUGCAAGUGGUGGAGGAGGAGGAGGUGGAGGUGGAGGCGGAGGGGGAGGCGGAGGUGGUGGAGGUCAUGGCAGUGGAUCCGGAAGUGGGUCGGGAAGUGGAAGUGGAAGUGGAAGUGGGAAUGGAGGUGGAGGAGGAGGAGGUGGUGGUGGUGGCGGUGGAGGAGGAGGAGGAUCUGGCUCUGGCUCUGGCUCUGGUAGCGGGUCAGGUUAUGGCUCUGGGUAUGGAGGAGGGAAAGGCAAAAGCUUGCCGUGAACACGAAGGUUACCUUUUCUCUUAUAUAACACCAUUCACAGUGGUAUUCCAAAAUAAAAUUGCAGGAGCUCUCACACAUGCAUGAACAUAGCAUGUUGGCGAGUGAUUGCAACUGUGCAUGCGUGUAUCGCUCUCAAUAAAGUCACCUUGCAAAUGCUAUAAAUAAAAGAACACAUUUUAAUUA